AUGACGAAUAUAACGCCUUUAAUGCAAUCGGCAUCACCACAGUCACGUCGUUCAAGUUCUCUUUCAACACUUGGCUUAUAUAAUACUAAUGUUACAAAUACAAUUAAUAAUCCUCACAAUAGUGGUAAUCUUUUGCAUAAUAAUUCAACUGCAGUUAAUCUAUAUACAAGACAAUAUACACAAAAAAAGAAAUCAAAACGAUUUCGAUUAGUUAGAACACCGAUUCCAUUAAAUCCAGUUUAUCGUAAAACAUUAUUCUUAGCUAUAAUUAUACCAUUUAUCGGUGCACUACUAUUUAUUGGUGCUACUUUAACACCACAUUGGGAAAAUGUUCAUUUCAAGUUUAUUAAAAUACUUGAAAUGUUUUCAAUUCAUCAAAAUUGUUCAUCAUCAAAUAGUAAUGAGAAUUAUAAUAGUCAAAAUCGUUCAUUUAUUAGUCAAACAGAAUUAAUGAUAAUGGAUUAUGAAAAACAAUGGACAAAUCAUAAUUAUACACUAGAAUUUAUUAUCUUUUAUGAUGGUAAAAUAUUAAACUGGCAAAAAUUAAAAAAUCAUUAUCAAAAUUGUCUUACAAUUACAUAUAAAAUGAAUGAGAUUAUUGGUAUUGUUGUACAUUCAGAUAUACACAUCACAUCGAGUGGAAGUAAUACUCCGAAACAUUCAUUACGUGAAACAGUAACCCCUAGACUAUUCAAUCGUAACAAGUAUACAUUCACACGACAAGAAUGGAUUCAGUUAGUUGAACAUGGUGAUUUAUUAGAUGAUAAUAAUGAUGAAGAGAUGAAUAAGAAUUUAUGGUUAAUUAUGAAUUUACAAGCCGGUAUAUGGACAAUGUGUUUUCGAUUAGCAGAUGCUUACAAGGCUAAAAUUCGUGCCUACAGUGCAAAUAUACAUCCGGACUCAAAUAUUCCACUUGAUUGUAUUUCUUAUUUACAAGCUAAUUUAUCAGAGACAAAAAAUUUAUGUAGUCAGUUUCUUCUGAAAAUGCAAAAUAAUAUUAUCUCAUGUGUUGUGGUCGUUUAUCUAUCGGUUGCAGCCUCUGUAUUGAUUGGGGCGUUUUCAACUUUAUUCCGUGCUGUACCCGCAGCUAUGGUAACGGGUGUAUUGUAUGUUACUUCUGGAGUUUUCAUAAUUUUCGCUAACUGUAUACAUCAUACAAAAUUGAAUCGUCUUGAAUAUGAAUGGGGGCCUUGUUAUCCGAUAUCACAGAUACCAAGUACGUUAUAUACUCCGGAGAUAAUCAGUGUUCAUCCACUUUGGCCUGUGUUAGUCAGUUGGAUAUCGUCAUUUGUUUUUUUUAUUGCCUCAAUUGUCUGGAUUAUUCUAACUCAAUUAAUGACUUUUGAGAAUUCUAAAACAAUGAUCUAA